UUAAGCUGAUGUGCCACAGUCUGUCAUCACUGUCGUAUGAAACAUUUCAACUGGAACAUGUUUCUAUUUUUCCUGCUCACCUGUACUGCGCUGAGAGCUUUUAAUGCUCAGGCAAAAGUGGUGACGGUGUUUGAUGAGUGUAAAGAAAGGUUCUACAACAACAUGGAACCGAAAGGAAUGGAUCAGAAUGCUGUGAAAAUUUGCCAGAAGAUGGAAAAUAAACCUGAUGUAUUUUUUGCUACUCUCUAUUCGACUCAUCACAAAAUUCCCCUGUACAGUGCCUAUACAUUUGAUCCUCAAUGCUCACAAAAAGAUGGAACAGCCAAGAGAUGCAACCAAUGGCACAUCGAGCCACAGUUAACAAUUUCUGAACCAAACAAUAAUCACAUGGUCCGUGAGAGCAAAGCUGAAAAGUUUGUCAACAAAUAUAAAGGAAGUCAAGCCCUCAGCGCUGACUAUGAACACACGGGAUACGAUCGUGGACACCUGAACCCCAAUGGUCUCCAAUGUGGCGAUGCCCGUCUGGCGACAUUUACUCUGACCAACGCUGCGCCGAUGGAUGCUUGCUUCAACCGCAUUCAAUGGAGGAUCUGGGAGGGUUAUUUGCAAAGUUUUUUAAAGACAAAAAGUUAUAAAGAUGCGACGGCUUACAUCAUCACAGGUACUGUACCCGGUAAAGAGAAAAUACCACAAGAGGACGACUGUGACAAGAGCCGGGAGUCUGGACGGGUCACAGUUCCCUCUCACAUCUGGACAGCUGUCUGUUAUAAACAUCAAGAUAACACAAAGUCUUUUUCCUUUGGCUAUUUAGGAGAAAACAAGCCAGAAUUCAACAUACAGAUCAUGAGCGUUUCAGACAUGAAUCAGCAGCUCAGUGACCUGUAUAGCAAAUCCUCGAAAACUUCUGUUAAUAUCUUUGAUGGUAACUGUUUUAAUGACAACCCGUCAUCUAAAGCGGCUGAACAAAGUUUUGUUGAUCUAAUUAAAUUGCCAGAGUACCGAAUCACUCGUAAAAGGGCCCGUAGUGACAGUGACACCUCGUCUGUAAAGAAACCUAAAAGCGGUUGAUACAGUACACACAUUGUUUUAAGACAAGAGAUGAGAAGUCAGAUCAUCUUCCCAGCAAACAAAAGACGUCCAAAAGUCAUCUCUUCUACGACGUUGGAGAGACGUACCCUAAGGAGCCAGAAUGAAAGUUUUUAUGACGUCUUCUGAACGUCUGUUAUUGAAGCAAGCACUGCAGCAUAAAGUUUUUUGUUGUCACCAUUGUUGAGAUUCAAACACUGAUUCUUCAUGUCUGUGUGACUCUAAAAUCUCCCCUGGCAUAAGUUUGUAUUUACAUGCAUUUCUCAACAUCAAAAUAACACCACAUUAUAGUGUUCUUUCUAGAUAAGCACACAAUCCAUAUGGGAUAUGUGACACAAGCUACAAGAUGCUGAUCUGAUUCUUACUAGCAUUGGGGAAUCAAACAUACUUUAAAUGCACACAGUUACAGAGCGCCAAAAGAAAUUCAACAUUUAAACGUCUAGAGUCAAGAGCACAACUCAAGGAAACACGGAUCACCAUGAUGGUGAGUUUCAACUAAAUUAAAACAAAUAUUAAGUGUUAACCCGCCCAUGGGCCCUGUGCAUGUUAAGGGUAAAGUAUUUUGUAUUUGAAAUACAUGCCCACCCCUGAUUGUACUCUGCUUGUAUCAUGACUAAUGAAGAUGCUCUUCUGACAAAUAAAGCAUCUUAAAAUGCCCUUUGUUUUUUUAUUGAAUCUCAAACCUAAAUCAGAUUAUUCUCAUCCAGGUGGAAAAACAAACAAUAAUGAACCAGAACUUUCUAGUGUUAAAUGUGGAAUUAUUCAUCCAGUUAACUAAACAGUUCCCCCAGGGCAGUGGUCACCAACCCUGCUCCUGGAGAUCGACCGUCCUGCAGACUGCAGCUCCAACCCUGCUUCAGCACACCUGUCUGUCAUGAUCAAGCACACCUGAACACCUUGAUUAGAUAGUUCAGGUGUGUUUGAUUGGGGUUGGAGCUGAAAUCUUCAGGACGGUCGAUCUCCACACUGUCAGAAAAAAUGUGUCAGAUUUGUACCUUUAGGGGUACAAUGGUUGUCACUGGGGCAGUACCCUCAAAGGGACACAUAUUGUACCUUUCCACAUGGAUACCCAGACAGCAAGCAAUCAUUGAAUCAAUGUCAACAAAUAGCUGAUUGGUCAAUGUUAAUUGCAUUGAAUCAAUAUCACUUUUGCACCUGCAAUUAAUGUUGAAACAAAUCACCAUUAUUGUGAUCAGUGUUUGAUUUAGUUGAGCUCUUGACUCUUGAGUUUAAUGUGAAGUUUUCUUUACUGUCUAACACAUAUGUUGUGGCAAAGAAAACUAAAAUCCAGUGAGAUCAGAAAAUAACUGUUAUUUCAUCACAAUGAGUGUGAUAUGUUAUUAAUAUGUGAACGUGCAGUUAUGAUACAGCUUAAACAGAAUAAAGCAGCGUUAUGGACGACUAACAGGAUAACUUUUUUCACAAAAAUGUUAUAGUUCUGAAUCAGUUCCACAUGAAGAAUCGGUGUAUGAAUCUCAACAAUGGUGACAAUACAUUGAUAAAAAAGGGUCGUAAUGUAAAAUACAUGUUUAUGUUAUUGUAAAACGGUUUAUAAGAGUUAAAGGGUCAGUGUUGUUUGGAGUCAUUUCUUUUUGUUAGGGAGAGUGUGACACCCUGUUUGUGUAGUCACAGAAAUGGUAGUAAUUAUUUGUUUUUUAUGUCAUGGACUUGAUUAUCUGAGUAUUUGUAAUAUUGUUUAAACGAGUGUUAUUAUGUCUAAUGGUGAUGUGUAGUACUGUCCGGGGACAGUAGGGGGAGAUGCUGCGUUGACUGUGGGGUUUAGGAUGAGUCGCGAAGAAGAGAGCAUUAUGCGCGCGACGCCACGAUAUAAAGCACAACGGUGUCUCUCUUUGUUUACGUUCAAACAGGAAAUGUAUUCACUGAAGCACUGCCAGUCACACGGUGGUUGUGUUACACAUGCAUAAAUCACAUACCUUGACUAAUGCAACCCAAAAUGAGCAAGAGACUAAACUCAAAUCUGGCAUUAGCACAGACUGGUAACACAGCACAUGUUCCAGGUUACAUGUAGCAUCCCACAGCCUAAGCACAUGUGUGGUGGCAUUUUAUUUUAGAGGUUUAAAAAAUAGUUUUAAACGAGGUAAUUAUUACUUACACAUAUUCUUACACUUAAGAAUAAGACUGAUGCAUAACGGUUCAAGACUAGGUCUUAGCUCCUAAAUUAUUUACGAGAGCUGAAGAGGUCUCCUAGCCUAGUUAAGCGUAAAAAGAUGCCAGCACAGAGGCAGAUACCGUGGACUUUACAAACAAAGAAACAAUGUGUUGGAAUGAUAUGAUAGUGUCUCUUUUAUUAAAAACCCUUUUGACGCGUCUGCAGCAAGCACGUAUUUUGACAUGACGCGCCACACACAUGACGGGCUAAAUACAUGUUUUGCCGAGCUUCGCAUUACUGCUUCCCCUGAGAGGAGUCACGGAUCGCCACUGCUACGCUUGUGUUUACACCAGACAUCUCUCCUUCACAACCAACGAUUUUUGAAGUGCAGGUUAGUUAGACAGUUUAGUUAAUUGUUGAAGGCACAUGUGAAUUCUGGGUGGAUUUGUGCAUGCCCUAGACUCGUGGUGUGAGCGGUAUCGGAGCGGAACCGGAGCGAGACAGAGUGACCGCUCCGGCCUUUGGAUGAAAACCCGCUCCGUUCCCCGCUCGCUCUCCACUCACAUGCUCUGACUCCAACCCUAAUCAAACAUAUCAGACACUCUGAUAAAGCUCAUCAACAUCGUCAAGAUCACUGGAAAAACUGACAGCAAGCAACCAUUGAAUCUAUGUUAAAAUGUGGUGAUUUGUCAAUGCUAAUGGAGUUUAAUCAAUAUCACUUUUGGACCCGCAAUUAAUGUUGCAAAAUGUGUGUAUUUCAUCAAACCACCAUUACUGUAAUCAGUGUUUGCUUUAUUUAUAAAAAUAUUAUACUAAUUCAGAUAAACCACAAUGCAUGCUGGGAGUAAUUAAUGAAUUUUGUACUAUGAUGUUUCCCAGCAUGCAUUGCAGCAUGAAGCUUUCUUUUGUUGAUUGUCACCAUUGUUGAGAUUCAUACACUGACCCUGCGUUCCAACUGGGAUAUAUCGCACUCCUUCGGAGUGGUAACAAUCAUGGCCACAAUACUGAAGUUUCGUUCCAAACUGAAGUGCUCAUAACUGGCGACUUCAAAGGGCCCUUCAGAAUGAAGGAUUUCGAAGGGUACGACUGAUGGUCACUUCGGGCUCCCGUGAUUCUUUGCGCAGAUUCUUUGCGUGGUGACGCCGCCUCCUUAUUGGCGUGGGGCGAAGACGCAGAAGGGCACUUCAAGAAACAGUUGUUUGGUCAGAUUUUUUUAACCUUGUUGCAUUGUAACUGUUGUCAAUUGACAGCAAAUAUUUUUAUUACAGUAUAGGCUACAGUUACCAGCUAACAGUUACACUGUAACAAAAAUAUAUGGCUGGCAAUUAACAACAGGGGAUCAUAAUAUGCAUCAAAUAAAAAUGUCAACUAUAUUAAGUUAAAUUAAGUUAUCAUUCAUCCUUUGUGUAAUUUGUCCGCUUUGGGUGGAGAUGGCCGGUGGAUUGGGCGGCAGCAAGGACAGGUAUUUUUCCAGUGAAGCGACAGGACACCGCAGAUUCUCUGGCUGCACAAACAUAAAUCCCCGAUUUAGAGACUUUCUUUAUUUCUUUCGCCGGCUUCUUUGUGGUUUUUUGUGCAUUCGUUGAAAGACGGCGUUGCAUACUUCUGCCCGUUUUCGUCAUGGCAGAUGAUAAAUGAUUCGGGCUUCAGUUGACGGUUACCUUCUUUAGCUCUGCGUUCCAUAUGCAGCUGCACGUCAAUCCAGACUUUAUUGACGAGACCCUCUGGUGUAUUUGGAUUUAGUUCCGGAGAGUGGGUGAUUUUCUCAAAGUCUGCCUCCGUUAACGUGGGAUGGUGGGAUGAUUUGUGACGUCCUUCUCUCCGAAGUUUUUUCACUACGCUAACGAAAACGUUGUUGCUCGUGAUAAACCCAGGAUCUUUUAUAAAACACCAGGAUCGGCUGAUCGGUGGAUCAUUGAUGUGACGGUUAAUCCCUGCACGUAGGCCAACAUAGCUGCUAAAACUGUAAGGUUCACCCUUUCCGUUUUUCACAGUGGCAUAAAACUGACGGAGAGCUUGGUUUAGGUGAGUUUGGGUUAUUGUUUUAAAGUCAAUAACCAGUUCUUUUUCGGCACACCAGGACUGAAAACAACGAACAGACCACAUCGUCUGUUUAUGAGUAUUCACCUCAUUUCUAGACUUUUCAAUGUCUUCAAUUUCUUUUUCAUUAAUUUUAGCGUGUCGCAGCAGCUGUAAGCAUUGUAGGCCUUACCAGCUUUUGAUGAUUUCACUUCAUUAAUGAGUGUGUGUGUGUGUGUGUGUAUAUAUAUAUAUAUAUAUAUAUAUCGCUUUAUUGCUCCUUGAACUCUCUGUAAGUCACUUUGGAUAAAAGCGUCUGCUAAAUCUAAAUGUAAAUAUAUAGAUAUAUCUCGUGGCAUUCCCAGACACCAGACAACACAAGUUCAGAGAACUGUGGAGUGUUUGUGUUGAUAGCAAGUCAGUGUUGUAAACAACGUCACCUGAAAAGGUUAAACUAAAUAUUCCUACUUGUCAAAUAUGUUUGCAUGUGGUGUUCUGUUGCUUGGUAUUAAUCAAUACAAAAACAAACAUUGCAUUUUUCAAUGACAAAAGCAAUAAGCAAAUUAGCGUACUACCAUCUCAGAAACAUAGCCAGAAUCAGAUGUUUUGUCUCAAAAGCAAGAUUUAGAGAAACUAGUUAAUGCUUUCAUCACCAGCAGGGUGGAUU